UCAAGCUCCAGAUGUGUUCAUUAAAGUAGCCUUGACCUCCCUAUGGACUCAACAGAAGUAUCACGAAAUGGCGUUGCUCACUCGGAAUGCAGAGUCUGAGUUCAGCUCCUACUCCUUCAAUAACUUGGAAAACCUGUGCGAAGUCCAAACCAAGAAAGGAUUCUUCUACACAAAGGCCAAACUUCUGCACCCAGGAGAAGACUUGUGCUAUUUAGCUCACCUGGAUGACCAGACCGGGUUUGUGAUCAUCAACGUAGGUGGUAUUAAAUACAAAGUUCCAUGGACCACCUUGGAGAACUGCCCCUUGACCAGGCUUGGGAAGCUAAAAUCUUGCAACAAUUAUGAUGAGAUCAUGAACAUCUGCGAUGAUUAUGAUGUUAGCUGCAAUGAAUUUUUCUUUGACCGUAAUCCUAGUGCCUUCAGGACAAUCAUGACUUUCCUGACAGCUGGGAAGCUGAGGCUUCUCAGGGAGAUGUGUGCUCUUUCUUUCCAGGAGGAGCUUGUGUACUGGGGGAUAGAAGAGGACCACCUGGAGUGGUGCUGUAAAAAGAGAUUGCGACAGAAAGAGGAGGAGGCAGCUGAGGCCAGGCUGUAUGAAGGGGAAAUGGUGUUUAGUGAAACUACGCAAUGUGCCUUCCAGGACAGUAGCCGAUUGAGUUUGUGCAUGCGAAAGCUCAGGGAUAUGGUGGAGAACCCCCACUCAGGGAUCCCAGGAAAGAUCUUUGCUUGUAUUUCAAUCUCUUUUGUUGCCAUCACUGCAGUCAGCCUCUGCAUCAGCACCAUGCCAGAUGUCAGAGAAGAAGAAGAUCGGGGUGAAUGCUCACGGAAGUGCUAUGACAUCUUUGUGCUGGAGACGGUGUGCGUGGCGUGGUUUUCAUUUGAGUUCCUGCUGCGAUCCAUCCAGGCAGAGAACAAGUGUGCUUUUCUGAAAACCCCACUCAACAUCAUCGACAUCCUGGCCAUCUUGCCUUUCUAUAUCUCUCUCAUUGUGGAUACGGCCUCCACGAAAAACAGCAGCAAGCCCGGUGGGGGUGCUGGAAACAAGUACCUGGAACGAGUGGGCCUGGUGCUGCGCUUCCUGCGGGCUCUGCGCAUCCUGUACGUGAUGAGGUUGGCACGGCACUCGCUGGGGCUGCAGACGCUGGGACUCACUGUGCGCCGGUGCACCAGGGAGUUCGGGCUGCUCCUGCUCUUCCUUUGUGUCGCCAUGGCCCUCUUCUCGCCUCUGGUGUACUUGGCUGAGAGCGAACUGGGAGCCAAGCAAGAAUUCACAAGCGUCCCCACCAGUUACUGGUGGGCUGUGAUCUCCAUGACCACAGUUGGCUACGGGGACAUGGUACCUCGUAGCAUCCCCGGGCAGGUGGUAGCCCUGAGCAGUAUCUUGAGUGGGAUUUUGCUGAUGGCUUUCCCAGUCACGUCCAUCUUUCAUACCUUUUCCCGUUCAUAUAGUGAGCUGAAGGAGCAGCAGCAACGAGCAGCAAGCAGGCAGAUGCGCCACCCAGAAGAGAGCACCGAACUCCUAGGUGGUAACAGUACACAGGGGCUUGGGGUCACAUUCCCACCAGCUGAUGCUGGGCAGGAGGGUCAGCCCACAGGGGACCAGGAAGCGAAGAGAAGUUGUUGACUGAACAUCUUGAAGAUGUAUGUUGGCAGCACAAGAAGCAGUGGCCACGGAGGGUCAGUUCUACAAGAAGAACCUUCUGAACUGCAUAAAUGAGGGCAGACACAUAC